GCGCGCACUUUCAAAAUAUGCCACGCCCACUUCAGCUGUAAAGUUGAAUCGAGGACAAAGUUUGCGAUUGCAUGUCGUCGUAUUCGGCACUUUUCCGACGAGAUAUGAUGACUACUGUGGUCACCAGGACAUGGCAGGCUGUCAGGCCUCACGUUCCGCUAAUAAAAUUCCGCAAAGGCAGCGCAGUGCAAGGACAUGUUGAUAAUGUGAGGGUGGUUGCAGCUGCAGCUCCUACUCAGAGCUCCUCAAAACCUAGUUUCAAACCGGUCCAGAAAGGCCCCAUCAUCGAAGACUGGCAACUGCCACUUCGAUACAGACGGCAGGCCCUCAGUCAGCAGGAAGUAGAUUACAUCAAUCGUGGUGGCCCUGAAUAACUUUGGGUGCUGUGACUGAAGAGAUAGGGAGCCUUUUAAUUCAUCUUGCUAUCGGAUCAUUGUAGUCUGUUCGGAGCUAAUGCAAUAACUUUUAAGUAAGUGUAUAUUCAUUCUGUAAAUAACUAUUGCCCUUAUUUAAAUAAAUUCACUGUUACUUACAAGAGAAUUUU